AUGACAUCAACAAGUGGACCAAUACUUGUAAGCAAGUUCGAUCCAACUAACCAAUAUUUAGCAUCUGCACAAAUUGCAUUAGAUACUCAUCAAAUAAAAGUUCAAUCAAUUUCAUCAACUCAAUCAUCAUUAAAUACUUCAUUUAAUUUAGAUAAAUCUUCGAAAGUUACCAAUUUAACCUGGAUAGCAUCAUCUGAUAACUUACAAUUAUUAGCCAUUUGUUUAACUAAAGGAAGUGUAUUAAUCUAUUCUCCUCAAACCAAUGAAAUAAUCAGUGAAUUAACUACUAGUUAUAAUGUCGAAAUCACUGAUUUUUAUAUUGAUCCAAAAGCCAGAGGAUGGGCAUGUGAUAUUGAAGGGAAUAUCUUUGAAUGGGAUUUACAAUCAUAUUCAUUAGUACAAUCAUUUAAGAUUGGUGAAUAUAUGGAAACUAUUGAAUCAGUUAUGAGAAUCUCAAGUAUUCAAUAUAAUAAUAAAUUACAUUUAUUAUUAGGGACUCAUUCGGUUUAUUUAUUUGAUAUUGAAGAUAAAGUGAUCGUAAAGACAUUUCCAGGACAUAUCCAACCGAUUAAUUCAAUUAUUGGUGUUGGUGGUGAUUCAUUUUUGACAAGUGCAAAGGGUGAUAGAUUUAUAAAUUUAUAUCAAGUGAAUAAAUUAUCUCCAAAAGCGGUAUUUGUUGCUCUGACAAGUGUGGUUGAUCUUGCCAUUGGAAUUAAGGAUGAUAUGAGUGUUUUGACAAUUAUUAACGAAGUUGGAAAUUUGGAAAUAUUCAAUAAUCCAUUAUCAUCAGCAGCUCCAUCCACCACCACCAUUGGUACUCCAUCCAAGAAGAAGAAGAAACAACAGGUAGCUAGUGUUUCUCGUCAACCGAAUUCCAUAAUCAAAUUAUCUCGUCCCCAAGAAGAAAUCAAAUCCCCACAAGAUUCAAAUAUGACAAUCACUUCAAUCUCAAUUAAUGAUGAUUCAAUUUGGUUUAGUUGGUUAGAAAAUUCAUCCCUUUCAUUCUUUGAUAAUCUCAAAUGGAUCGAUGAAACAGGUACCACUACCCUCAUUACAAAUCAAACCAUCCAUAAACCAAAACCUGAUUUCAAAUCCACUUCAGCCAAUAGAUCAACCUAUGGACACGAUAUAGCCUCAGCAAAACUCUACACCGAAGGUCACGCCAUCAUCAGCCACGGGGCCACAACUUCAAUAACUGAAGAUUCGGAUGAAGACGAACCAGAACAAGAAUCUCUCGCGGAGAAACUCAACCGUCUAGCAGUCAAACAACCCCAACUCCCAACCACCACCAAGAAACAACAACUCACAGACGCAAGAUCAGGUAUAUCCCUCUCCAUCAUCCUCACCCAAUCCAUCAAAAACAACGACCACUCGCUCCUCGAAACAGUCUUAUCCAAUCGUGACCCCACCAUCAUCAAAAACACCAUUUCGAGAAUCGACCCGCAUAUUGCGAUUUCACUUCUUGAUCGAAUUUCCGACAAGAUCGCGAGACAACAAUCGAGAUUUGACCAGUUGAUAUAUUGGUUGAAAUGGAUACUUGUGAUUCAUGGAUCGCUGAUUGUCGGGUUAUCUCAAGGUGUUGGUGGGAGUAAGUUGGCGGGUAUACAUUCUAUUUUGGUGAAGAAGGGGGAUACUUUGCCGAGAUUGUUGGAAUUACAGGGAAGGUUGAAUAUGUUGUAUGAACAGAAUGAUUUGAAGAGAGAGAUUUUGAAGUUGGGUGAUGUGGAGGAGGAUGAAUUAGACGGCGAAAGUGAGGUGGAAUAUAUUGAAGAGAUUGAUGACGCGAAGUAUAAUGGAGAGAUUGAGGAUGACGAGGAUGAGGAUAUUGAUAUGGGAGCGGAUGGUGUUGACGAUUUCAUAGAUAGUGAUGAAGAAGAAGAGGAAGAAGACGAUGAAGAUGACGAGGACGACGACGAUGUUCCUGCUGCUGCUGACUUAUCUGCCGAUGAAGAAGGUAACUACAGUGAUUUAGAAAUCGAUGGAUAA